AUGAAGGCCACCUGCAAAAGAGAAUCCCUGUUAGCGGCAUUCCAAACCGCCGCCUCGGUCGCUCCUGCCCGAAGCCCCAAGCCGAUUCUGCAAAACGUAAAGAUGAUUGCCAAAAACGGGGCAGCCACCUUGAUCGCUACCGACUUGGAAGUCGGCGUUCGCGUCGAGGUCUCCGAUAUCGAAGUCGAGAACGAAGGCGAAGUGAUUCUGCCGAUCUCCCGUUUCGGUUCCAUCCUGCGGGAAACCACCGACGAGAACAUCCUGCUUGAAACCAUCGGCACCCAAGUCGUGGUGAAAGGCGAUCGCAGCGAGUUCAAGCUCACGGCUGAAAACCCGGAUGAGUUUCCCCCGGUGGCCGAGUUCGAUGCCAAGUCGUUCCAUGAAAUUCCGGCUCGCCUGCUGAAAGAACUCAUCCGCCGCACCGUUUUCGCCACCGAUAACGAAAGCAGCCGCUACGCCCUGGGCGGGGUGCUGCUGGAGAUGAGCGAAAAAGAAAUCGUCGCCGUAGGAACCGACGGACGCCGGCUGGCCACGAUGAAAGGCCCCGCCUCUUCGGUCGAAGGACAUUCGACCACCGAGAACGCGACCAUCGUGCCCUCGAAGGCCAUGCACCUCAUCGAGCGAUCGCUGUCCGACGGCGAUGCCGAAGUUCAGAUUUCGGUGCAGCCCAAUGGCGUGUUGGUCAAAAGCCCCCGCACGACGAUCUACUCCCGCCUGGUCGAAGGUCGCUUCCCGAAGUGGCGCGAUGUGUUCCCCGAUCGGACCGGCGUGAAAAAGGUUGAAACCGUGGUUGGUCCCUUCUUCGCCGCAGUGCGACAGGCGGCCGUGGUGACCAGCAGCGAAAGCAGCGGGGUUGAUUUCACCUUCGGCUCCGGGCAGUUGGUCCUCACGGCACAAACGCCCGAGGCCGGCGAGUCGCGGGUCGAACUGCCCAUCUCGUACGAAGGCGAAUCGAUUUCCAUCACGCUCAACCCUCGCUUCCUCAGCGACUUCCUCAAGGUGCUCGAUCCCGAGAAGACGAUCACCCUGGAACUGAAGGAUGCCGAGAGUGCGGCCGUGUGUACGACCGACGAUGGCUACGAGUACCUGCUGAUGCCACUCAAAGGACAUACGGUGAAGCAAGGCCAAGGACCACGGCCGAUCGGCGAUUUGCUGAACGAACUAUUCGCUCGUCGUGGUUAUGGUCGCCAACAAGCAAACCAAAACUACGACGAAGCCUGGCGUGAAGCCGCGGGAACCCAUCUCGCCGGGAAAACACGCGUGGGGAAAGUGCAAGGAGGCACCUUUGAGGUGAUUGCCGCAAGUUCGACCCUGGUCCAAGAAAUGACGUUUCAGAAGAAAUCGCUGCUGGCUCAACUAACCCAGCGAUUGCCGGACGAACAAAUUACCAAACUCAAAUUUCGCGUGGGCAACGAACUGCCGGAAUACAAACGCGUUGAAUCGGAAUACGAUGUCGAGUCGCUCGAGCACCUCAGCGACCUGGAGCACGUUCGCGAACGCCCCAGUAUGUACAUCGGCGAUACCGGCACCCGUGGCCUGCACCACAUGGUGUACGAAGUGGUCGAUAACUCCAUCGACGAGGCCAUGGCCGGUCACGCUUCUGCCAUCACCGUGAAGAUCAACAACGACGGAUCGGUCACCGUCGAAGACGACGGUCGUGGUAUUCCCGUAGACGAGCACCCCGACUUGGGCUUCUCCACCCUGCAAGGCGUGAUGACCGUGCUCAAGUUCGGCGGAAAGUUCUCCAAAGGCGCCUAUCAAACUUCCGGCGGUCUGCACGGGGUGGGCGUCACCGUGGUGAACUUCCUCAGCGAAUGGUGCGAAGUCGAGGUUUACCGCAAAGGUCAGGUCUACCAACAAGAGUACGAACGCGGCGUACCCAAAGACGAGGUCAGUCGUUCGGCCAGCACCAACAAAACCGGCACCAAGACCACGUUCUACCCCGACCCGCUCAUCUUCGGGGCCGCCAAAUUCAGCAGCCACACUCUGCAGCGGCGCCUGCAAGAGUUGGCCUUCCUCAAUCGCGGCGUGAAGAUCGUCUUCGAAGACGAACGCGACGGCACCACCGAAUCGUACCAAUACGAUCGCGGUCUUUUGGACUUCGUCAAACACCUCAACCGCACGACCGAGCCGGCCCAUCCCGACAUCAUCUACAUCGGCGGUGAGUACGAAGGUGUAGGGGUCGAAGUCGCUCUGCAAUACUCGACCGACUUCACCGAAAACGUGCACUCCUAUGUGAACAACAUCUGCACGAUCGAAGGCGGUACGCAUGUCUCCGGUUUCCGCGCUGCCCUCACGCGGGCGCUCAACGCCUAUGGUAAACGCGAGAACAUGUUCAAAGACCUCACCCCCAGCGGAGACGACUUCCGGGAAGGACUCACCGCGGUCAUUUCCUUACGCGUGCCCGAGCCGCAGUUCGAAGGUCAAACCAAAACCAAGCUCGGCAACGGCGAAAUCGAAGGCAUCGUCAACUCGGCCGUGGGUGAGUAUCUGAACAAGUACCUGGAAGAGAAUCCCAAGACGGCCAAGGUCGUGGUCAAUAAAGGCAUGCUCGCAGCCGAAGCCCGCGAGAGCGCCCGCAAGGCCCGGCAACUCAUUCGCGAACGCAAGGGUGCCCUCUCCGGCGGAGGCUUGCCCGGCAAACUUCGCGACUGCAGCAGCCGCGAGGUGGAACGCUGCGAACUGUACCUGGUCGAAGGUGAUUCGGCCGGCGGUAGCGCCGAAGGUGGACGGCUUCGCGAGUACCAAGCCAUCUUGCCCCUACGAGGUAAGAUCAUCAACGCCUACAAAUCGCGCGACGACAAAGUGCUGGCCAACGAAGAAGUCCGCAGCAUGAUCGCCGCCAUCGGUUCCGGUAUCGGCGCCGAUAGCGAUCUCGGCAAACGCCGCUACGACAAGAUCGUGAUCAUGACUGAUGCCGACGUCGACGGCUCCCACAUUCGUACGCUGCUGCUCACCUUCUUCUACCGGCAGAUGUACCAACUCGUUUCCGAAGGGCACGUCUACAUCGCGCAGCCUCCGCUAUUCCGCGUGAAGUCGGGCCGCGAUACCUACUACGUGCAAACCGAAGAAGAGAUGCGGAACCAGUUGCUCGACUCGGGUCUGGCCGACUCGGUAUUCCAGCCCUCGCCUGAUCGCAGCAUCGAAGGCGAGCAGAUGCGAAAGUUGUGUCUCACGCUGGCCGGCAUGGAAGAAGCCCUGCAGGCUUUGGAACGGCGGGGAAUCAGCCUCAAACUGCAUGCCGAACGAAUGGAUCGCGAGACCCACAAGCUGCCCGUGUUUCAUGUGUUCCUGGGCCGGCUCGAACAUUGGUUCACCACGCGGAAAGAUCUCGACGAGUUCGUGGCCGAGCAAGAGAAGGCCCAAGGCGAACAGGUGGCUCUGGCCGACUCUUCCGAACCCGCCCCCGAAACCAACGGUGAAGGCAACGGCUUCGAAGCCGGCGUGAAACUGCACAUCAUCGAGCUGCACGAAGUCCGCACCAUCAACAAGCACCUCAAAGAACUUCGCGAGUUCGGCUUCGAUGUCGAAUCGCUCAUCCCGCAAGAGCGCACGGGCACCGAAGACCCUCGCUACACCUUGCGUCGUGGCGAAACACUCACCCCGCUGGAAGACCUGCGUGGGCUGCUAACCGCCGUACGCCGAGCGGGUGAAAAAGGCAUGCACAUUACCCGCUUUAAAGGGCUGGGCGAAAUGAACGCGGAAGAACUUCGCGAGACGACGCUCGACCCCGAGAACCGCACGAUGUCUCGCGUUCGCAUGGACGACGCCGCAGCGGCCGACGAUAUCUUCCGCAUUCUCAUGGGCGACAAAGUCGAACCUCGCCGCGAGUUCAUUCAGAAGCACGCGUUGGACGUGAAGAACCUGGACGUAUAG